AUGCUUAUGUCAACCGGAUUACAACAGCUCAGUCUUUAUAUGGUUUGGGAACAUCCAGCUAUAACAGAUGUUGCUUUUUCAAUUGUAAAGCAAUUGCCACAACUACAAGUCAUUGAAUUAGACUUUUAUAAUGUUCAAGUACCUAAAACAUUAGAUAUAUUUAUUAAUAGUCUUCCAAAAUUGACUUUUCUCACUGUUCAUGGUGUUUUGGAGCAAGACAAUCAGAAGUUUUCCAGAAUACGUGAUUUUUGGAAGUACGGUAAACGUGCUUACCAAACGGAAUGUUAUGACCCGUUGGAUGACGAAGCAGUACUUUAUGUGUGGCUUUGA